GGCUAGCCAAGAUGGAGUACCUGAUGGGCAUCAAGGGAAAGGACUUUGUAGUGGUGGUUGGUGAUACCACGGCCGCGCAGCAGAUCAUCACAAUCAAGCACGAUGAGGACAAGCUUGUUCCCAUCGACAGCCACAAGCUGAUGUGCCUUUCAGGGGAGCCUGGUGAUCGUGUGCAGUUUUCUGAAUUCAUCAUGGCCAAUUCUCGACUGUAUGCGCUGCGACACGAACGGGCGCUCACCACCAAGGCAGUGGCGAACUUCACCCGGUCAGAGCUUGCAACUGCGCUCAGAAAGGGCCCCUACAACACAAACCUGCUCAUAGCAGGGUGGGAUGAGAAGGCCGGCCCCUCGCUGUACUGGAUGGACUACCUGGCAACCAUGCACUCCAUGAAUGUCGCUGGCACUGGAUACGGCUCCUAUUUUGUGCUGUCAAUGAUGGACCGGCUGUGGCGCCCAGACCUGACCCAGGAGGAGGCCGUGGAGCUCAUGGAGAAGGGGAUCCAAGAGGUGAAGAGGAGGCUUGUGGUGGCUCCGCCCAGCUAUGUGAUCAAGAUAGUGGACAGCGCAGGGAUCAGGACAGUCAAGACCAUUCGCCCUGAGGCACUGUGAAAGCCCCCACUGCAAUUUUGUUGUGCCUUGCACAAGACCGAGCUGCGAAACAUGUCAUGAUUGCCUUGUUUACCUUAGCGCAGCCCAGCAAGUGGACGAGAGCCUUUCGGAAGCACCUCAGCCGUUAAAGUAACAUUUAUGUCUGAGAUGUCUACUGCAUGCUACAGCUACGUGCUGCAAG